AUGUCCGACUUAUCAGCUCAACUUUCAGCUUUUAAGAAUAAGAUCAAAAGUGGACCAUCGGUGAUUGUUCCUAGAAAGGCAACUUUUACUCAAUCUCCAUCAUCACCAUUAUCAUCAUCAACCACAACAACAACACUGAAGAAUGACGCCAAUGUGAAGAAGAGAUCAACGACGGAUUCAGUAACCCGAGUAUUGAAGAAACAAAAGGCAAAUAUGGGAGAAAUGACGGGAUCACAUUUAUCGACACAAUUACACCUUGCUGUUGAAUAUAUCAAGGAACAUGACCAACCAAUAUCGGUGGAGAAGUUGCAGAAUUAUUUAUCAUUUGAUAUAUCACAUACUUUAUUACCAUUAUUGAAUGAAAUUGAUCGAGUGAAAUACGACGAAUCUAAGGGUACAUUGGAAUAUGUUUCAUUGCAUAAUAUUCGUAGUAGUGAUGAUUUAUUGGAAUUUUUGAGACGUCAAACCACAUUCAAGGGCACUUCCGUAAAAGAAUUAAAGGAUGGUUGGGCCGGGUGUGUUGCCGCUAUAGACGAAUUAGAAUCACAAGGCAAAAUUUUGGUGUUGCGUAACAAGAAGGAAAAUGCUCCAAGAUUAGUAUGGGCUAAUAAUGGUGGUGAGUUGGGUUAUAUUGACACAGAAUUCAAGGAUAUGUGGGAUCAAGUGAAAUUGCCGGAACCAGAUGUAUUGUAUCAGAAAUUAUUGGAUCAAGGAUUGAAACCUACGGGAGCUGAUCCUAAUUUGAUCAAAAAGCAACCACAACAAAAGGAAAAGAAACAAAAGAAGGCAAGAAGAGGAAAGAUUACAAAUACACAUAUGAAAGGUAUUUUGAAGGAUUAUUCUCAAUUAGUUUAA